UUCCAGUUUCAUCUUUUCUCUCCUGAAUGCUAAGUGGCACCAUAGACAACUUUGUGGACCACCGUUUCUGAACAAGUCAACUAAAAUCACCAAGUCUUCAUGGACACCAGUAACAUGUCCGUCCUUCUGGGGAAUUCCUCAGUUAGAGGAAUGAAUGUCAGCACCAGCCACUUUCCAGCCGCCAUAAAGCCACUGAACCUCUUCAUUGCUUGCUUUGUGUCAGUUUCCUUCCUGGUAGGAACAAUAGUGAAUGGGCUCUUCCUCUGGGUACUAGGGGUGAAGAUGAAAAGGACAAUCAAUACUCUCUGGUUUCUCCAUCUGAUUCUUAUUCAUUUGAUCUCUUCCUCCUACAUGCCUUUCUUUGUCGCCUACAUCCUUCUUGGUUCACACUGGGCUUUUGGCAAAGCUCUGUGUAAGGUUCUCAACUUCUCGAGUUCUCUAGGAAUGUUCACCACAGUCUUCCUUCUCACCAUCGUCAGUCUGGACCUCUACCUGCUCACCUGCCACCCUAUCUGGUCCCAACACAAUCGCACAAUAUCUCGAGCACAGAAACUGAUCACAGGAACAUGGCUUGUUUCCUUUGCCUUGAGCACCCCUUACCUAUUUUUUCGAGAGACUCAAGAGACGACCGAGGGCAAGAUUCAGUGUGUCAACAAUUAUGCCUUAUCCAAUAACUGGGAGGCGGUUGAAAUGCAGGCCUUCAGGAAUCGUAUUCAUUUGGUUUUCUUUGUUGGCCGGGUUCUGUUGGCUUUCGUAAUUCCUCUCGUCAUCAUAGCGGGUUGCUAUUAUUCUAUCGGUUGGAAAAUGAAGAAGAAAAAGUUAACAAGAACUGGGAAGCCCUUCAAAGUCCUCACAGCUGCUGUGGCAUCGUUCUUCCUCUGUUGGUUUCCAUACCAUCUCUCACAAGCUUCACUGGUAUUUCAGGCAUCUGAACAAAUGGUAAAGUUCCUGCAGCUAAUGUCUAUCAUUGCCGUCUGCCUCAACUUCUGUUUUACUCCCGUUCUGUAUCUUUUUGUUGGAGAAAAAUUCCAGCAGGUCUUCAAGACAUCUGUCCUUGCGCUGCUUCAAAAAGGCUUUGCAGAUGCUUCCAUCAUCCCUGAAGGCAAUAUCAAUCCUAGUGAGGAAGUUCAUCAUUGUGUUUCUUAAUGGAGUCCAAUCCAUUCAAGAUGGACAUGCGCUAGAAGAGUUUCUCAAUGUGAAGGCGUCUCCAGAAAAUGAUCUGCCAUGUCUUAUAAAAAGCAACUUUGGGCCAACGUGCAUCUUGAAAAUAUAGCUCCCUAUAUUUACUGGAAAUUUCCUUUUUACCAU